UCUAGAAGUCGAUCGUGAUCGUGGCCAGUCGUCAGUACCGCUCGCUAGCAGAGAAGCCGAGACCCUCGCCCCCCUCCCAACAAAAAAACAAAAUCAAAUCCAUUAUAAAUACACAAGUGUUUUUUUUCUAGUUUAAGUUUAAGACGCGCGCGUUUCGAGUUCAAAUCGUUGUUGGUCCCACGCAUCGAAAAACACGCACAGCAACACACAUCAAGACAAAAUGAAGUACUUCAACAUCUGCCUGCUCUUCAUCGUCUGCGUCCUGUGCUACGGAGUGGUGUCCGCCCAGGAGGAGGGUGGUCCCGCCGUCUCGCCGGCGAAGAGGAUCGCCGCCCUGCGCCGUCCGGUCGGGAAGGCGGCCAAGGUGACCACCACGACGACAGCGGCGCCAGCACAAGCGGACGCCGGCGGCGAGGGCGAGGAGUACGACGAGGAAACCGGCGAGCACGGCGAUCAUGGCGAGGAGGGCGACGAGGCGGCCUUUGCCAGCUCCACCACCACCACCACCACGGAGGCGCCCAAAAAGGUUGGCCCGGUUAUCCGGCCAUUCCGCUCCAACGACGACUUCCUCAACUCGCUAAAGCGCCGCCAGGCGAACGCGAAGAAGCAUCGCGCCGAGAAGCCGCCCAGUCCCAGCAAGCCUGCCAAGAAGAGCGACGAGUCCAACUCCGGCGAGCAGGAGGAGCAGGCAUCCGCGCCAGCACCCGCCCCAGCAGCCAGUCCCGCCAAGGGCUACAAGGGCAACUCAGCAUUGAGCCGUCGCAAGCUGUCGAAGCCCGCCAAGGCGACGCCCGUGGAGGCGGUGGAGGAUGCCGCCGCCGAGGAAUCGGAGCAGCAGCAGAAGGAGGAGACGAAGCCCAAGCGCCCCAUCGGUCGUCUGGCCCUGCGGAAGCGCAACUGAGCGCGGAUUUGAGUGUCAAUCAGUUCCAACUCCUAUUCUACACACAUGCCCAGUGACCACACCCAACUCCACACCCCUCCCCCACCACAUUCCCCCCUCUGCCCAUCGAAUCAUAUGGCUAGCUAUGUGGCAGCCCGAUCUGCCCUUUAGUUCUUAGUUCGCAAUUGAUUUUUCGUGUAUGUAAUAUAUUUGUAAUCUUAUGUUGUAAACAAAAACACACGCGCACACGCAACACUCACUCAAUCACGCCCACCACCACGACCACGCCCACUGUCCAGAGCCAGUCCCACAUCCUCCAUGUACGCGAUAAAUACGCAUAUAUAUUUUGCGAAUAUAUGUGCGAGUAUUUAAGCGGGCACAAUUAUGUAUUCUUCACAACCAUCAAACAAUCAAUCAAUCAAACAAUCAAUCAACCAGUAAUAAAAACAACAAAAUCGAAA